UGCUCAUCUCUCCCACUGACCUGAGUUUGUGAGACAGAUCGAGACAGAAGGACCAUUGACCAUGAAGUUUUGUGCGUUGUUGUCGCUGUUGGCAGUCGGGUGCCUGUGCGUCUGCAGUGCACCCACGGAGGAGGACGGCAUCAAGCCCGGCUCGUGCCAGGAUCCAUUGGCUGUGAGCGCGGCACAACUGGCACUCACUGAAAUCAACAAGGACCGCCAGGAGGGCUACAUCUUCACCCUGCUACGGCUGUCCAACGUCCACGAGAUGAGCCACGCAUUGACAGGCCAGGUUUUCUACCUGACUCUGGACGUUCUGGAGACCAACUGCCAUGUUCUCACCAAGAAAGACUGGAAGAGCUGUCCAGCUCGCCCCACCGAGAACACACCGGUUUAUGGACAGUGCAAAGCUGCCAUCUACAUUAACAGGGCGCACAGAGUGGUCCGUCUUUACAAAUACAACUGUGUGCUCAGGCAUGUUCCAGCAGCAAAGGUUUUGGAAAUAUGUCCGGACUGCCCGACAGCCAUUGCCUUGGACAACGAUGAGGUCCUGUACACUGUCAAGCACACCCUGAAGAAAUACAACAAGGAGAACGGACUCCUCAAUUAUUUCGCUCUGCUGAACAUCACCCACGCAACCGCACAGAUGCGCACAGGAAUGUUCUACCAUGUAGAAUACACCAUCCAGGAGACCACCUGCACCAAGGCCACUGAUGCUGCUAUGGUCGAUACAUGCCCCAUGAUGAACUGCGAGUUUGCACACAAGGGCCUCUGCAAGGCCUCCCACCUCCACUCCCACCCCCACUCCCACUCCCACUCCCACUCCCACUCCCAUGGAGAGCAGGAGUUCAGUGUGGAGUGUGAGAUCUUUGAGCCUGAGGCUGCUGAGAGGGAGAAGAAGCUCCACCUUGGAGGAGAGGCUGGCCACAACCACUCCGCCCACCACGGUCACACGCAUGGCCACCCCCAUCACCACGGACACUCUCAUCUGCAUGACCACGAGCACCAUCAUGAUCACCAUGAUCAGAACCCCGAGGCCGCCCCCCGCCACCAACCAGAUGGCAUGGUGAGGAUGCUGCCCGCCAUAGACCAGCCCAUGAUCCUGCCAUCGUUCCCUGACCAGCCAGCAGGAGGCCCUGAGGUGGGGGUCACCCUUCCUCUCCGCCCCGACCCUCAGAUCCCCGGACAGCGGGAGCCCACCAUCCUCCUCUUCCCCUCCUCCAUGUCAGCCGAGUGUCCCGGCCCUCUCAAAGAGGGAACGGAGAACAGCCUGGUGGAGCAGGUCUUUGCCGAGGACCCCAUGUUCAAGGCAGCUGCAUAAGGGGACCAGUGCUACUAGCUUGGGAACUGAACUGAAAAAUCCUUACACACACACACUCAUACUGCACGACUUUAGAAAAGAAAUCGCCAUUGCGAUAUUCUUUUUGCCGAUAUGAAUUAUAACAUAAAAAGAAUUAAAAGGAGUUGCAUAAUUUCACUGACACAUGCAGCUGAUACAUGCAGUGAUUAACAUCUGCAAAGAAGUUAUCUUGCCAUGAUUAGGGUGAUUGUAGAGGGCAAUAAAAGGCAGUUGUCCAAGAAGUCAGAUUAGAUCAGACUAACUCACAUUAUCCGUCAGAUGCGCUGGAAUACUUUUCAGAGCAGUCAUAAGAAAGUAGACCUUGCUAGAUUUCAUUUUCCGUCAUGCAAUACAUGUUUUAGCUCGUCAUGGCUGAUGGGCCCGAUUUGCCUAACACUGUAGUGUGUGACUGCACAUGUGCAUAUUGUGUGACUUCGAUUCUGAAACGACGUAUUGUUCAGCUCUAAGCCACAUACACGCAUAAAGCAUGAAGCUCGGUUGACCGAAAAAGAGAGAGGGGGCUGGGUGGAACGAUGCGUUCAAGAUCACAAGUGGUCUGAAACACUAAACGCUGCGUGUAUUGCUUUCUUUGAUUUUCAACUACCUGCUGUUACGGUAGUGACUGUAUCCUACCUAGUUCAGGCUAUUCACCUUACCUUGUUCAUGAUCCCUUCUGCCUGGUUUUUGGACUCCCUGCUUGCUGCCCGUUGCUUUCCACAUACACCAAUGUGUAACACCAAGAUUCAUUGUUAAACAGUUUGGCCCACUUUGCUGACAGAUGACUGUAACGCACCAUUCUUCAUGACCAAUGAUUUUGCUGGUGCUGUGUUCCUCUGGAGUCAAUAAAACAUGUUGGAAAACA